AUGGAGAGAUGGUUUAAAAAAGGAACUCUAAAACGUUCCUCUCAAGAACCUGAAUAUUUUGCGGUGAACUCAAGUCAUAUUGAUAACCAUAGUAAUAAUGAGAAUGAUACAAAUGAAAUCACCCCAAAAAAAAAAUGUAGAAAGUAUGAUGAAAGUUACAUAUCAUUAGGAUUUAUGAAUAAUAAUGAUAAUCCUCAGUGCGUUAUUUGCAGCAAAGUUCUCCCAAAUAGCUCUAUGGCUCCAGCUAAAAUGCGUCGUCAUUUAGAAUCUGUUCACGAUGAACUUAAAGAAAAAAAUGUAGAAUUCUUUAUUCGAAAGCGUGACGAACUAUUAAAAUCAAUAAACUGUAUGGUUCAAACCACAAAAACUGUGAAUGAAAAAACAACCGAAGCUUCUUAUUUAGUUAGCUAUCAGAUAGCUCAACGCGGUGAAGCUUACACAAUUGCCGAAAGUCUUAUAAAACCUUGUGCUAUGGAGAUGGUAAAAUGUAUGUUAGAUGAAAAAUCUGCAAAAGAAAUAUCUAAAAUCCAACUAUCGAAUGACACGGUAGCUAAUCGUAUCAAUGAUUUAGCAGCCGAUAUACAGAAUGAACUUAUUUUUCGUCUCAAAUCGUGCAAAUUUGCAUUAAAAAUGGAUGAAUAUCCUCAAUUGUCACAAAAGGCCGUGUUGGCACUUUUACCAUUUGCAACCACGUAUAUGUGUGAAACGGGGUUCUCUACCUACGUAUCGACCAAAACAAAAUACCGCAACAGACUUGAUGCCGAACCUAAUAUGUUAUUAAAACUUUCAUCAAUAAAGCCCAAUAUUAAGAAUAUUUGUAAUAAUAAAAAGCAAUUUCACGCAUCUUAUUAA